UCCCCUCCUAAUAUAACUCCUCUCUCCAGUCACCUACUGUCAUCUUCACUAUUUCCUAGCGUCCUUAUCAUAAAACUUGCUUUUUAUAGUACUUCAUCAUUCCCCGUGCCCCAUCAUUCAAAAGUGCAUGAGUAAUGUUUGUAAUAUAUGAGAACUAUACUUAUGCAUAAUUGGUGGGUUGAUAUAUUUUUCCCUUUCAGCUGUGACAAGCAUUCGAAUUGCCUCCCUGGCAAUUCGAAAAAAAUCAAAAACUGCACCAUUUUCUCCGGACUUGUCUGCGACGGGUGCGAGGAUGGAAAUUAUUUUGACCCUCUAGUGGAAGGGUGUAUUAAAUGCUCGCCUUCCUGUAGCAUCCUUCAAGAAGAAAUAAGAUCUUGCACUACUGAUCAUGACCGGGAGUGCAAGACAAAAAGAACGGUCACAUCCCCUGACUUGGGUAAUUCGCCGACGAGUCCUGAAACGGAGAUUCCGCCCACUGGCCAUGGUGGAAAGGUUCCAGCGUUGGCUGCCGAAGGAACUCCCCAUACCUCACCACCAAUUCCAGUGGUAAAAGAUGUAAGGUUUUGGGGCGGUGUCUUUGGAGGAAUCACCGGCAUCUUAGUUAUAGUAGCAAUAGUUGCAGCCAUUAUUUGCAGAAAAUCAAGUAUUCAAAAGAGACUUGAUGCUAAGCAAGGGCAGCCACUGAUGUCAUCUGCUAAACCCGGUGAGUUUUAAUAGCCUGCCUCCCCUAAUUUCUCGUCCAUUCUCACUCCUACUAGGGACUAGGGGGUGGGGCACAGGCUCAUGACUAGCGUGCUGAACCCUGGAUUAAGUGGUCAAGUUGAAGUUGACGUUCGCGCCCUGGCUGGAGUCACUGUGCUAUGUUAUUCUCAGAAUACCUCUCUCCCGCAACGGGGAAAAACCUGGUAACGGCAAAUUCACUUCUUGGGGGUAGGGGGCGGGGGUAGCCCUGUCAUGAACUAGCAUCCCAUCCAGGAAGGAGUAGCAUUACCCGUCGCUUUAUGCACCUUUCGCCUUUGUUCAUUAACACGUAUUUUGGGAU